AUGAAAAUCAGUUCUGAUAGCUUUCCAAGUUCUAGAGAUUCCUUUCGGUUCGUUCGAAGCAUCGGCCAACUUGAGUACAUUGUCAGCGAUCCGUCUGUGGAAGGAAAUGGCAAGCACAAGAUCUCCGUUCUCUAUAAUGAUGAGUUCUAUGACGUAUUGCGACCAACGGAGAAGUUUCCGCGCGGAGUCCUCGUUCUAAUUGCUGGAAAACUUUCGCGUUUCAAGGGAAAUGUAGCGAUUCAGGCGUAUUCCAUUAGAGAGAUACUUUGUCAGGAGGAGUACGAAUGUUUGCAAAUGGAAGCGUUCCUCGCAUUGCAAUACCACACGAAAAAUCCGUCCGGUCAAACACCGUCGCGACGUCCAUCGGUGAGCUCUAAUCCUCGUCGCUCUCUGCCGUCAGUUUCGCCAGCGACAUCGGUCACUAUCAAACGCGUUGCUUCUCCUGCAGUCGCCUCGAGCUCUACCCCGAAAAGACCUGUCGCUUCAGUUCGUUCGUCGUCGACGAGUAGUCUAGUUUUGAGUCAAAGUGGUGGAAACUCCGCCGAAAUCGAAAAAUCUGGGCUUAGAACUACUACGCACGCUGUUCCUAGCAAGAGCAGCAAUAUAAAAGAAAAUGGAAGUCAGGAUUCUUUUGAAGACAGCGUGUUCUUGAAAACUGGUGAUUAG